CACCUGAUGUCUUGUCUAUGGGGAAGUUGCUGUGAAGUAAGAGUAUGAACUUGAAGAGUGAGACAACUGCUUUGCACUAACGGCACUAAUUCAGCAAAUGGAUACUUACUCUACUUUGCAUCCAAUCUUAAAUGAAACUGGUGCAAUGAAUGCCAUGUCCACACAGGAAAACUAAGGCAAAUUAAAACAAGUUAAUUGAAGAUGUGAAGCCAAUAUUUGGGUUUUUAUAGCAUAAUUAAACCACUGUAUAGACGUUCUCAUUGAGGAAGAAAGUGGCUGUUUGGACUAAGAACUAGUGUUGACAAGCCCUUAGAAUAUAGAUAAGGGUUUUGGAGAGUAAUGGCCAAUUUUCAGGAAUAUUUCUGGGAAGCUGAUCGUCAUCGGCUUUCUGCCGACUAGGAAUACUUAGCCUGUCUGGCUGACACUCCCUCUGGUGGUGUGAAAGCUGGCUUGACUGUUCCUGUCUCCUUGUGAUUGAAAGAGUUUACUGUACUUAGACCAUAGGCAGACAUACAUGUCUCUCCACAACGCGGGGAAGAGGGACAGCCAGCCAGUGGCUGCUCUUCUGUGCAUUUGGCUUUUCUUAGAAAGCAAUGAAGCAAUCCUCUCCGGAGCUCCUAGGCCCUCUCCCAAUGCAAAUAACUAAUAAUAAUAUUCUACGUUCUGUAAGGAGUCUCAUUUCAUCUUUCUUGUGUUUCAGACAUCUCUGGAAGUCCUGUAAGUAUGGAUGUUGGGAUGUGCAGGUCCCAUUGCAUAUCCCAAAGGAUAAACUCGUAUCAACCUGGACUUCGAGGCCUCUCCAAACAUUCCUCCAUGUUGGACUUCCUUAGAAAUAAGAAGCUGCAGGAUAGACAGAUCGAGUCGCCUCUGUUGAGUGGAGCAGCCCGUUCCUGCCCUUUGGAUUCCCUUUGUGAACCUACGAGGGUUCAUGUGGAGAGACUGCUGCUGUUCGAAGGGUUCCGGGAAGUGGAAGUGAUUGAGACCUGUCAGUGUAACACAAGCCCAAAGGAGUGUCUUCGGCUGCCAGCCCUGAAAACCUUCUUUCCAGACUCCCCCUUGGAGUUCACUGUGGAUGUUGGAAAAUGCUCCAACCCUUCCCAUGUAGAAGAUGGACUCUUCUGUGCCCCCACAAAGUUUGACUCUGUUUUGAUCAAAAGCCCAAAUGGUGCUGAGGUGGUUCAAACUCUGGAGAACUGUGAAAUGAAAGAACCCUGCUAUCGAAUUUCCUACGUGGAAUACUAUUAUGAAAUUAUAUACAACUCAGCGGGAGACAGAGAGGAGCGGCUUAAGGAAAUUGAUGUGGGACGGUGCUUGGGGAGCUGCUCCAUAGGGAAUCGCUGCUUGCUUAGGGAUUCACAUAGUGGAGAGAAGUGCCUGGUUUGGGCUGAAGGCACCUCCAGUCGCUGUGUGCCUGAUCAGUACAACACUCACACAUUCAAGAGCCGCAGCGGCCCCAUCCGCACUGUGUUUGCUAUCGAGAAGUGUAAAUGUAAGAAUUAGAAACUUUGGGGACUGCGGAUUCAGAACAUACAGGGGGACGCAGGGAGCAGAGAAUGAAGAUCAUUGACUCAUAGAAUCAAAUGUCCAGCCAUGCCCCAUUGCCCCUGAAGCAGCCUCUGGCAGACUUUCUGUACUAUAUGUAAAUGAAAUAAGGCUAUUUUAUAAAUAAAAGUCAUU